CUCUCUGAAUUGGAAUCCGCGGUGACGCUUUCCAGAUUGAGAAAUCCUGCAGAAGAUCAUUCAAGCUACACAGAGAAUCGCAAGUUCUCCACCCCGACGGAAAACUUCAGAGGCACCUGUCUUCUUCUUGGCAGCCUAUGGAUGAACUAUGCAUCUUUGGACUUCAUCUAAACCCAUUUUUCUGGCGUUGUUCUUUAUUCCGUCACUCUCCUUUGGGUGGAAGCAUUGAAUGACGCCUCCAUGUGAUCUACUCUCUUAGGCAGAAACUCUUGAUGAAAAGGCUCCAAAUGAAGGAUCUGGCUUAUCUUUCUUUUUUGGCAUUGAGGAAGUUAUCUCAGGACCGUUCACGCCGUUAGCUUCUCCUCUUGGGAAUGCAGGAAUGGCCAGUAGAGGAAGCCAUGGUUUUGGAGAGCAACCUUACAAGGAGAAGGAGUCAGAAGAAGAUGCUGAAGUUGAGGGGAGAAGAGAUGGAGACUUCCAGUUAGCGGAAAACAGCCUUGUGGGGAAUUUGGACUGCUGGACCUUGUCUUCUUCUCAGGAGAUCCUGGAAGAUGAAGAACUUUUGAGGGAACUCAAGGACUAUCAACACCUUUUGGAAGAAGGCGAGCAAGGUUUUGAUCUCGGCGAACUUCAAGAUCUUGAACAUGCAGGAAAUGUCCACGCUGCAAGUCCCCUGCCUGAAGAGAAAGGAUCAUCCCAAGGCAUGAGAUCUUACUUGGAGGUAGAUCGGAGGCGUGAAGAAGACAGCACUGAACUUGAGAAGACAAGAGGGAUGUGGGACUUUGGCAGCCAGGAGGAUAUCCAUCCUGAGCUUUCUUUUGAAGGCCAGUACAGUUCAGACUUCAGUCCCAGCCCUGAGAUCCUUCAAGACCCUCUCGCUUUGUAUAAAUGCAGCUUUGCCUCCGAUAAUGUGGAUGAUGAAUUCUCUGAGACCUCCAAUCUCAGCCCUUCUCCUUGUGGUCCUCCUCCAAUGUGCACCCAAAUGGAAAUUGAACCUCAAAACUUGGGUGGUUUGGACUUCCCUGAAGAUCGAAAGUUCUCCUGGGAGUUAGGAAGAAAUCUGGACAGUCAUGGGCGCAGUUCUCUAGCAAGUUCCUUGCCAGACAAUCAGCGACUCUUGGAUUUCCAAUCUCUGGAAGAUCUUCAGAAUUGUCCUGGCAUCGAUGCCGAGACUUGUCCAGAGUUAUCCUGGAUGGAGAACUUGGAACAACCUCUUGAGAAAGAACCUCCGGCAGAGAUCACUCAAAGCAUCGAGCAGCUUGCUUUCAACAACAACACCAAGGAAAGACUUUUGGAUUCGAGAGAGACAACGCAGAUGUCCCACACCUUCGAACGAGUUGGUAGACAACUGGAGAAACGGACACGCAAGGCGAAAGCAGAUGUAUCCCUGUUGUCGAAAGGUCCAAGGCAGUCCAGGUCUCUGAGCCCUCAACACAUGACUGGCCAGAAAAAAUCUGGACAUCCUGCUUUGAAAGAACCAAUCCGAGAGACUCAGUCAAACUCUGGGACGAGAGACGUCACGCAAUACGGCCGAGGGAAACUCAACUACCCAUUACCAGAUCUGUCCAAAGUGGAACCCCGAGUCAAGUUCCCCAAAGAUCCCCAAAGCUACCAACCACCUCAAGGAAAGUCUUCUUCGGUCAGCAGGAAGGCGGUUAGGAAGCCAGUCAUCUUUAAGUCUCCUGCCGAGAUUGUCCGAGAGGUGUUGCUGAGCAGCGGAGAAGGAUCUCCCCAAAAAUGUCCCACGCCCACCAUCUCUGUUAUUCCCGAGCAACUGAAGUCCCCUAGACAGGCUACGGAGCUGGUGCAUCAGCUUCAGGAAGACUACCACAAACUUCUAACCAAGUACGCUGAAGCUGAGAACACCAUCGACCGGUUGCGGCUGAGCGCCAAGGUGCGCUUGUACAGCGACCCUCCAAAGCCCAGCCAGGUUACUGAAAUGGGAAGAAUAUCAGAGGCGUCCAAAGUGGUCACAUUCAGCAUCCCUCAAAUCAGGUCGGCCGAGAUCACAAAGCGGUCCAGCCAAGCAUCCAUGAGUGGUCAAGGUGAAGGUGCGCUUGUACAGCGACCCUCCAAAGCCCAGCCAGGUUACUGA